AGUGACUCGUAGAUGAUGGUGGGAAAAAAACGAACUCUUUGUUUUACAGUCUGUUUUUUUCUCAUGAGUUAAUCAUCUUUGAAUCUAUCAUGAAGUGCAUACACAUGUAUAUAACCAUAAAACUACAGGUGAAAUUCAUUCUUCGAAAAUAAAGGUGAGUGUAAGAUCAAGUCAAUCUAGGAUGACGUCGUCUCGGUGUAAACUCUCCAGUUCUGGUCCUGGUGGUGAAUGUAUUCAAUUGGUUCGUUGUAUUGAGCCGACCGAACAACAACGGAAUGAUCCCAAUUAUUUGCCUCAAUUAGAAGUGAAUCAAGAUGCUCAGCGGCGAAUCGAAUCGAAUUUUCAAGCGCCCAUAUCCGUAUUGGUCUUGGUUGGUAAUAUGGGUGUCGGGAAAAGUAAAUUGGCGUCAGUGAUUGUCAAUUCAUUCUAUAAACAACAACCCGAACAGUUGUUGCGCCUGUUUCGUAGUGGUGCAGGCGUGAGUGGCGUUACACAGGGGAUUUGGAUGUGGAGUGAACCGUUGGAACAUCCGGAUGGACAAGGAUCAAUUUUAUUAUUGGAUUGUGAAGGAAUGGGCGAUCUCGAUGAAAAUGUUGGCGCUAAUCUCUAUUUAUUUUCCAUGUUGAUAUCGACGUCGUUCGCUCUCCUCAUACGGCCAGCUCGAAUCGAACGAUCACAAUGUGAACGAUUGUAUCAUGCUCUACUCCGUUUCGAACAUAUGAAAACACCGCAUGUGCUUCCGAAUUUGUGGAUUAUUGCACUCGAAAUGCCCGAAUUUAUACAGAAUGAAGAAGACGGUAACGAUGUAGUGAUCACAAAAGAAAAGUGGAUGAAGCAAAUAUUCGAUGUCGACGGAAGCAAACACAAGAAAAUGACAGCGUCCGAUGUGAAUACAUUGAAACAACGCUACGAUUACAUUAAUCGUAUGUUAACGAAAAAAGAUGCAAUUAACAUAUCGUUUAUACCCGGUUCGUUGAAACGAGAUUCCCAGGAUCUCGACAUGUGGAAAUUAUUGAAUGACUCACGGGCGCAAGAAUAUCAACAAUCAGUAUUACACGCAAGAAAACAACUAUUAUCAACAGGUAAGGAACUGUGGUGAGAAGGAUAUAUUUUGAAAAACCUAUCAGUACAGUUUCUGGCAGGACGAAAAUAUGGAACUCACAUAACUCCGUGAAGAAAGGGAUCUGGUAACCAAGGAGCUACCAUAACUAAGGAUGUCCUGUAAAGGAGACUGCAUAUCAUGGGGAAGGGAGGGAAGAGUCUAAAAGUCCGACCUUAAACCUACACUUCACAUUUUCAUAUGUGAGUUCUACAAAUUACGAAAUGUUUUAGGUGGUAAAGUUCUGCCAGGCGCUGCGCAAGGUCAGUAUAUUCGUUCAGAAGAAUUUGCAAAAUUAAUUAUGGAACUGAUUGAUCUUAUUAAUAGUAAUCAUAUGCCAAAUCCAGAUUCGAUACUUGAACGUUAUUUACGUACGAGAUUUGUGCAAGAAGUUGUUGCAGAUCAAAUACAAUUAUUCAAAAAUGAACUUUAUCUAUAUGUUUUGAAUGUAAUUUGUCCAGUAAUUUACGAUCUGAAACGACUGGAAACCGAACAGGAACGAAUGCAGCUCAACGAUGAACUAAAUCGUGAAAGGAAAUGUUUAACAAAAUUCUAUAUAAACACAAUGAUUCAAUUAGCAAAAUCGAAAAUAUUCUUCUGUACUGCUGAUGUUUCUACGGGAACGGUAUCGAAUGACCCAACACAAUUACCAAAAUCUAUUCAAGAUGAAUUAGAUGCAACUGAAUGUUGCAUGCAUGAAUUUGUCGAUCCAGAAGAGCUACUCGAAGAAUGUAGACAUGUUUUGAAAUUGGCUGAAGCUCGUCGAUUAGAAGAAGAAGCUCAGCUAAUGCAAAAAAUUGCCGAAGCCGAAAAGGAACGACAAAACGAACUGGCCAAUCGAGAACGAGAGCGUGUUGAACAAGCAGCUGUAUUAAAUAGACAGAGAGCUGUUGAAUUACAACGACAACGAGACCAACUACAACAGGAGGCGGAUGCCCAAUCAAGAGCAUAUGCAGCUGCAAUGAAAGCAGAAAAUGACAGAAGGGAAAACGAACUGCGUGCUGAACAAGCUCGAGCACAAGCUGAAGUUGAAAGGCAACGAGCUGCAGCACAAGCUGAAGUUGAAAGGCAACGAGCUGCAGCACAAGCUGCAGCACAAGCUGAAGUUCAAAGGCAACAAGCUGCAGCACAAGCUGAAGUUCAAUGGCAACGAGCUGCAGCACAAGCUGAAGCUCAAAGGCAACAAGCUGCAGCACAUGGUCAUAAUCAUGGCUGUGGUGGUUGUGGUUGUCACGGUUAUUGUCUUCAUAAUCAUUAUCUUUAUGGUUUUCACCUUCAUUAUAAUGGUCAGUGCUCUGGUCUUCAUCACAGCCAGAGCUCUGGUCUUGGUGGUGGUUUUUGA